GGGCCGACCAGGUUUCUGCUUUGGCAUUGGGUAGGUAGUGGUGGUGAGGCUGCUGAGUGAGCUUACCAGAGGAGCAGCCAGUUUGGCAAAUGAUGAGGGCAUAGCCAUUGGCUUGAAGGGGCCCGUGGAACCACCUGGGUGGAGACAGGAUUUGAGGGGUGUGCAGAGCUGCGCAGAGCUAGGCGCUGAGGAAGAGGGAGAGAAGCCGGUCCAGGGCAGGGAAAGGACUGGCAUCGGAUGGCAUGGAGGACCCAGCAGAGUUGGAAGCCAGGACAUGGAGAGGCCUCUGUUCAGUGCUGUUUAAUCCCUGCCCUGAGUAUUUCACAUGAGUCCACACAUUGUCACUGCUGAGCUCAAGGCUAUGAUCUCGAGGCUGGGCUUGGGGGCUGGAGAUAUUGGAGAUAAACCUGAGCCAGUAAUUCAUGUACUCAUCCCAUAAAGUUAGAAAAUGGAAUCUGGCCAAUACCUUUGCAUGUUAAAUACUGACAUGAUCACGUAAGGCUGUAUGGGAGAAAUGGAGCAUGUUAUGAAAGAGUAUCAUGAUUUCAUCUAGGCAGGGUUUCUCACAUGAACACUCUUGACAUCUUGGAUCACAUAGUCCUUUGUUGUGGGGCUGUCCUGUGCACUGUGGGGUGUUUUGUAGCAUCCCUGGCCUAUUCCCACCAGAUAACCAGUAAGGAGCCCCACACACCCCCACCCCAGGUUGUGAUAACCAAAAAUGUCUCUAGACGCUGCCAAAUGUCCCCAGGAAGGCAAAAUUACCCACCGUUGAGAGCCAUUGACCCAUAGGCCAGGAAGGGCUUCUUGAGGAAAUGCUGUUAAUCUGAGUUGUAGAAGAUAGAUAAGAAUCCAGAAAAGGCAGGGGUGGGGAAUGGAGGAGGGUAUUCAGGGCACAGGUGACUGUGCAAAGGCCCUAAGGUGGGAAGGAGCAUGAGGGAGACCAGUGGGGAGGCUGGUGGAGCUGAUGAAGAAGGCUUCCUGGUAGGUGGGCAGUGGUGGAGGCAGGGACGAGUGGAUGGAUUCUAGGGACACUCAGGAGGGAACACAGGCAAGAAAGCUGGAGGUGUGCAGGGUGAACCUGGCUACAAGCUGGCGAGUUAUGUUUGGGCCUGUUGGCAGAUGAUACCUGGGAGUCAUCCCAGUGGGGCCCUGAGCACAGAACAGAGGUCUGGCUGGAAACACAUGUUGAGACCCGAUUUAUGUGUAGAUGAUGAGUGUAGCCUUAGGUAGACCAGAUAGCCCAAAGGGAGUGUGUGGACCCAGCAGAGAAGAGCCAAGAGGAGGAUCUAGAAGUGAGCUCCAGGGGUGGUCAGAGACUGAGCCUGGGGAGGUGUCCCAGGGAGGGAGCAGUGAGUCCGGUGAAGUAUGGUGAUGUGGGAGCCCGAGGAUGCUGAAGGAGGGGGCCUGGCCCACGGUGAAGCCUCUGGAACCACAGCAAGUAAGAUGAGGACUGGGAAGUGGCCCCUGGAUUUACUGCCUGGUGGCUGCCAUGGUGGAGGUGAGCCUGGGGUAGCUGAGGAAGGGCCAGGAAGGGAGAGGGACUGUGGGCAGGCAGCUUUUCUGAACACAUGUCAGCAGAGGUGAGGGGGAGAGAGUGUGGAAACCAGAAAGGAAGUACUUUAGGGAGGGUUUGGUUUGUUUAUUUAAUUUUACAUGUUUUGCACCCACCCUCACUCCCUUCUUCUUCUUCUUCUUUUUUUUUUUUCUUAGAAAAUAAAUGUACCAUGUUCAGAAGUUUUAAAUUGUAAAGAUUUCACUGUGGAAAGUCUCCACCCUCAUCUCCCUUGGCCUCCCCCGUCCCUGCUUCAGAGGCAGCUUUACCGGUUUCUCACAUGUUCUUGCAGAGAUAUUUCAUGCACAGAUCAGUAAAUGCAUAGUCUUUCCUCCCCAAAUGGUAGCGUGUUAUAUGUACUCUUCUACCAAUUUGGUCUUUUUCCACUCUGCUCCCUUGAGAAGCUUCCAAAUCAGUACACGGAGAGCCUCUUUGUUCUCUUUUACAGCUAUAUAAUGUUCCAUGGUAUGGUUGGCCCAGGAUUUAUUUAACGAAUCUGCCGUUUGGAGACAUCACAGUGUUAGGCUGAAUCGCCUUAUGCUUCAGUCAUUUUGCAGUGUUAGUGAUGCAUAUGGGACAGAAUCUCAGAAGUGGGAUUGAUGAGUCAGAGGUUUGUGCAUUUGUAUUUUGAAAGGUAUCAUCCUAUUGCUUUCCAUAGAAUUUGUAAGAAUGUACACUGCCCCUAGGCGAGGGCAGGGAUGUUCAUUUUCCCACCCCCUCCAACAUAGAGUGCUACCAACUUACUGAUAUUUGCCAGUCUGGAAGACAAAAAUAGUUUCUUGAGGUAGUUUUCAUUUGCAUUUUUCUUGCUAUGAAUAAAAUUGAGCAUAUUUUCGUAGACAUAAGAGCCAUUCCUAUUUCCACGUCCAUGAACUGUUUUGUCCAUUUUCUAUGAGGUUUUUGGUCUUUUCCUUAUUGAAUUAGAGGUGAUCUUUGCAUAUGGGGGAAACUGGUCUUUUCUCCAGAAUGUAAAUUACAAGUGUUUCCCCCACCCCCACUCCCACCCCUUUAUCAAGGAAGCUUUUUGCUGUUGCUGAUUAUGAUUGCUUAUGGGAGAGAUCCACUAGAGUUGGGGUCCCUGGCGCACGGUGGUCCCUGAGGAAGCCUCAGGCUGGGUUCCAGAUUGGGACCAGGACAGGAGAUACCUCUGCUAUGUAACAGACAGAAGAGCAGUGCGAGGAGGGUACCCCGGUGCCAGGGGGCUGGUGGCAGCAAGUUUCAGGAGCAAAGGCAGAUGGUUGAGUUCAUCGGGGAUUGUAUUAACGAGGCAUCGGAAAGUUUGAGGGCAUAAGUUACCAUCUUAGCGAGACUGUCUUAGCGAGUCAGAUUGACGCUGGAGGCUGAGCUAGAUGAGGGGAAGCGGGUGCAUGGGGUUCUGUGAGUUCUUAGGGUAUUUGCCUGUUUGGCACGCAUUGAUCACAGGGCCAGGCUAAAUGCCAGCGUAUUUACAUUCCCCACCCCCACCCCCACGAUCAGUCGCCCUUCUCUGAACCCCUGCUUAUCUCAUUCUCUCACAUGCCAAACCAGUGUUUCCCCUGCCCUAAACCAACCCCGUGUUGGAACCAGUCAACCAGAGACAGCCCCCUUGCCCCAGAGUCCAUUGGAACUAUUCAAACCAGCCAAUCCUAAGCUGCCUUGCCUCGCCUUUCCCAUGGAAACCCCAAUAAAGACUGUGCCUUAGACCUUCCCCUCACUCCUGUUUCUGCCUCUUGACCAAAGCCUAGUGCUUCCCUGGUGGUCCUGUGUGCUGUGCUGUGCCCCCUUCUCUUGGGAAAGGAUAACUAUGUUGAAAUCCUAAUGCCAGUGUGAUGCCGUGAGGAGAUGGAGCAUUUGGGAGGUAAUUAGGCGGAACCUUCUGGGAAACCUGAAUGGGAUCAGUGCCCUUGUAAAAGAGGCCCAAGAGAGCUCCUGCCCCUUCUACCACUGAGGACACAGCAAGAGGCUGGCCAUCUGCAGCUCGGGAGAGGGCUUUCACCAGAAGCCAGCCAUUCUGACCUUGGACGUCCAGCCUCUAGAACUAGAAGCAGCUUGGACACCCACUGGCCAGAGGCCCCCAGAGCCAUGGCAGAACUUUGAGUGAGGCCUGGUGACUGGCACCCAUUGUUGCCCUCCAGCCUUCCCAGCCCGGCUUCAAGAUGCUGAGCCUGAAGCUGCCCAGGCUGUUCAGCAUAGAACAGAUGCCCCAGGUGUUCCAUGAGCAGGGCAUUCUCUUCGGCUACCGACAUCCACAGAGUUCCGCCACCGCCUGUGUCCUCAGUCUUUUCCAGAUGACCAAUGAGACCCUCAACAUCUGGACGCACUUGCUGCCCUUCUGGUUCUUCAUGUGGAGGUUUGUGAGCACCCUGCGUGUGACGGACAUCCUGAAUGACAGCUACUCCUGGCCUCUGCUCGUGUACAUGGGUGCCAGCUGCGUGUACCCCCUUGCAUCCAGCUGUGCACACACCUUCAGCUCCAUGUCCAAGAACGCCCGGCACAUCUGCUACUUCCUGGACUAUGGAGCUGUCAACCUCUUCAGCCUGGCCAGCGCUGAGUCCCGCUUCCUGCCCAAGGCCGGUUUUUCUUCCCCAGGCUCGGCCAUCGCCUACUCUGCGUAUGUGUUCCCAGACACGCUGGUGUGCACCACCUUUCACGACUACUACGUGGCCCUGGCCGUGCUGAACACCGUCGUCAGCACUGGCCUCUCCUGCUACUCCAGGUUUCUUGAGAUCCGGAAGCCCGGGCUCUGUAAGAUCCUUCGUGUCUUGGCCUUUGCUUAUCCGUAUACCUGGGACUCCCUCCCCAUCUUCUCCAGGCUGUUCUUAUUCCCUGGGGAGAGUGCGCAGAACGAAGCCACCAUGUACCACCAGAAGCACAUGGCCAUGACCCUCCUGGCCUCUUUCUUCUACUCUGCACAUCUGCCAGAGCGCCUGGCCCCUGGACGCUUUGACUACAUCGGUCACAGUCACCAGCUGUUUCAUGUGUGUGUGAUCCUAGCCACACACAUGCAGAUGGAAGCCAUACUUCUGGACAAGUCUCUGAGGAAGGAAUGGCUCCUGGCCAACUGCAAGCCCCUGUUGUUCCCUCAGAUAGCCGGAGCCAUACUUCUGUGCCUCAUCUUCAGCCUCAGCAACAUCAUUUAUUUCUCAGCUGCUCUGUAUCGGAUUCCCGAGCCAGAAUUACAUAAAAAAGAAACAUGAUUCAGACCAUAAGCUUUUCGUGCCAAAUGUCAGCAUUAAGCUACAGCAUCCUAACCACCAUAAGCCAGUGGCAUGGUUCCAGUUUUCAGUGGCCUAAAAUAUUUAUAAUGGCUGGUGUCUUGGCAUUUUUGAGUGGGUUCAUAGCAAUAAGGUAUUUAACUGGGGACAUUUGUCUAGAUGUGUACUGGUUCUGUGUGUGUGAUUUUAAAAGGGGAACAUGGGUUCAAGGAAGCCCUCAUUCAGGAAAAUCAUGAAUAUUUCAUUAAGUUUUUAAUUUAUUUAGAGCAAGCCCUCCAAUUCUGUUUAAACAGUUGUAUUAAGCAUACCAUCCUGGUAGCUUUACUAUUAAAUAGUUGGAUUAGGCCCUUGUAGUAUUACUCUUUGAAAAUGGAAUGUGCUUCAUUUGAUGAGUUUUAUGCAGCAAAGCCUCUAAGAACUUCCAUGGUGGGAAGAGAAUGAUCUGGAAAGGCCAGGAGGGGAAACUGAGAAAAAGGAAGUUGGGUCUGUGGGAACCCUGGGGCUGGGGAAGGCAUUCCAGAGUGAAGAAACCUGAUUUGGGGAGGGGUCUUCUUCCUUAUCCCACCGAAUGAAGUGAGUGGAUAAAAAGAAAGUCCUCUUUCCCCAUGAGUCCAUUCUGCUUCACAAAGCAAGUUCCCAUGUCAUGAUGGAUUUGGAUUUUCUUCAGAGUUCCUUAUGUGUCUUAUGUUCUGUUUUGCUUAUUCUUGUUGCCAGGUUUUUUUUUUUUUUUUUUUUUUUCUUUUUAGGCACCGUUGGCAUAUGGAGGUUUCCAGGCUAGGGGUGGAAUUGGAGCUAUAGAUGCUGGCCUAUGCCACAGCCACAGCAAUGUAGGAUCUAAGCUGCGUCUUAGACCUACCACAGCUCACUUCAAAGCCUGGUCCCUGAGCCACUGAGUGAUGUCAGGAAUCGAACCCACAUCCUCAUGGAUACUAGUCAGAUUGUUUCUGCUGUGCCACAACAGCAGAAACAACAGGAACUCCUUAUCGCCAAUUUGAAGGUGCAAAGUAUUAUGAAGUGCAGGUAGGAUGUGUUACUCGGUGGGUGUUGGCUGAGUUGAUCCCAGUUGGUUGUACUCGUCUGUCACUUUUAAACCAAUGACAUUGCUAUAUUUUUUUUGGGGGGGGGGGUCCAACAUUUGAUGUUGCAUUAGCCUUUCUUACAUGCUGCACAUUCAUGUGCCAAGGGAGCUAAAGAGUAAAGACCUUGCCAAAGGGAUGGAAACCCUUGGUGAGCUUGUGACAAAUGUAGAUUUCCCGGACAAAUCAGGAGAUGCUACUUACUAGCUUAAAAUGUUGGUUUCCUGGAGAAGAUCUUCCCUGGAGCAAGUCCCCUAGGUGAUUCUAAGUCAGGAGGGCCAUGGGCCAAACGUGAAGAAAUACUGAGGUCACAAGUUCCAGAAGGCACAGGGCCAAUCAGCUUUGUUUGCCUUGGCCUAACUUUCAGCUGCUUACCCUCUAAGGAUGUGUCUCCUGAUGUCUACUCUGGAUAGGACUAAAAUGCUGAGUAUUUUCUUAUCUAUUGCAUUACUCAUUAAAGUGGAGUGUUUCAUGGUGUUUUCAGAGAGUACAGAAAUGUUGAUGCAAAGCAGUUUUCUUUUUUCUUUCUUUUUGCUUUUUAAGGGGCUCACCCACAGCAUAUGGAAGUUCCCAGGCUAGGGGUCGAAUUGAAGCUGCAGCUGCUGGCCUACCCCACAGCCCCAGCAACUCAGGGUCCACCAAGCUGCAUCUGUGACCUAUACUGCAGCUCACAGCAGUGCCAGAUCUUUAACCCACUAAGCAAGGCCAGGCGUUGAACCCACAUCCUUAUGUAUACUAGUUGGGUUUGUUACCGCUGAGCCAAAACAGGAACUCCUGACGAAAAACAGUUUUGAACACAGGCCCAUCAACCCCUGAUGUGUACUUGCUGAUGAUUUAAGGGGCCAUCCUUCACAAUGUAGGAUCCUCUUUUUUGUCUUUUUUUAUAGCUGCACCCGUGGCACGUGGAGGUUCCCAGGCUAGGGGUCCAGUCAGAUCUGUAGCCACCGGCCUACGCCAGAGCCACUGCAACGCCAGAUCCGAACCACGUCUGCAACCUACGCCACAGCUCAUGGCAACGUUGGAUCCUUAACCCAUUGAGCAAGGCCAGGGACCCAACCCACAUCCAUAAAUGCUAGUUGGGUUCGUUAAUUGCUGAGCCAUGAUGAGAACUCCCAGGACCCUCUUUUGAUGACUCAGGAACACCCCUAUGUCGUAGAAUUCUGCCUCUAUGGUUAACUGACCCAGACACUUGAAUGGUUCUGUAAAUAGCUCAGCAUCCAGUCCUCUGAGGACAAGGAAUGAUUUGUAUUGGGUGAGAGUGGACAAGAAACACGACUUCAUUAGUUUUAUUAUCUGUUUACUUCCUCUGGGGAAGGUAGACUGAUAAAAUUAUACAGGCUGGUAAAUUUGUGGUACAUUAAUUGCAAGCUGCAUGACAAUUUUUUUUUUUUUUUUUUUUUGGCAAGAGGCUGACAUUAUUAGUGGAGUUGUUAGCCAGUGGGGUCUGUGAGCUUCCACUUGGUUUUACUGUAACUUCUGUUUUAUGGUGAACAAAGGUACAGAGUUUAAAUACCCUAUUCUAGUAAUGCCAAAGGCAUGAAGGCUUUUAAAUUCUCUUGUUUAUAGAGAGUAAUGUUCUUUGUUUUAGCUCAGAAAAAAUUGAAAGAUAAUGGAUGACUAAUUUGAAGAACUUUUAGAUUAUUUUAUCUUUGGUUAUGUUGCUUUUUAUGCAUGCUUAAUGGUGAAAAUGAAAUGUUAAAUCAGCAAAGUAAGACCAAGUGUUUCAUAAUGUUUUUUAUUAAGUUUGAUAAACUUAGCUCCUCUGUAUACUUUGGGACAGUGUUACAAUUGACAGUUUAUAACAGUUUGCAGUACACUGAUUUGGAAGCUUCUCAAGUUGAGUGAGAAGUAUAUUCAUUAGCAUUAAGUAUUAAGUCUAAUGUGGGUAUAGCUUUGCCUAAGCCAUUUUGAAAAUUCAAAAAGGCUGGCAGUGGGUCAGUGGAAACCUACUGGGAAGAUGUCUCUUAAUGUAACAGUUCUCAAUUUUUUCUAAUGAUUUUUCUUUCUUCCAUUAUAGUUGGUUUGCAGUGUUCUGUCAAUUUCUACUGUAUCGAUUUUUUUUUUCAAUGUCUCCAAAUACUCUAGAGACAUACCUACCACAUUCCCACUGGUAGCAUGGCUCACCCCUUCUCCAAAGUGGGAUGGGGGGUGGGCACACCCUGAAAUGUACCUCUUCCCCUCUCUCCCCUCCCCCGCUGGAGAAAUACCGCUCUGAAAUUUACAGGGCAUUUUCCCCCUUGUGCUGAAACUCACCUGUGUUUGCAUGAGGUCAUUUAGUCAAUCCUCUGUCCCUUCACUCAUAACCCAGAGAGUUUUAUUUUCCUUUGCUCAGUUUUUGGAGAGGAACUCUCCCUUUUCUUUCUAAAGUUUGUCCUUAGUGAUUGGAAUUAGAAGUGGGAUGUUUAGAAGCCUUUUGAAUACAAAAUCUAAACAUGUGUUUUUGGCUAUGAGUUGUUUGGGCCUUCAUACCCUUUUUACAUGAAACCCCGAUUAACAGUGUAUAAGAACACUUUAUAACCUAGUAGUUGAAUGCCAGCCUUUGAUUUUCCAGUCGCCACUCCUUCACAGAUGAAAAGGCAGAGACCUGUUUCCAAACUCAGAGAUAUUCUUUCAACUCAUACUAGUGUCUGGUUUUCUUAAACUGCGUGGAAGAAAAUAAGAAAUAAAAGUGUAUUUAUUAUAAUAAAGCCCUCCUGUUUCUCACUUG